AUGCCCAGGCUUCUAAUUGACAGCGAACAAGGUUCGACUAUACAAAGGCAGAAGAAUCGAACGAAGAACAAGAGAAGAAGAAGGCGACAAAAUAGACAGCCUAAUACUGAACAUGCUGCUGGAAUUUUUCGUUUUACACUAAACGUCCAAGAGGUCGAGCCGCAUCAGCUCUUGACCGAGAACGACGUAUUUGUUGACUUAGAGAACCUCGAUGGAGACAGCAUAGCUCAUUACUUCAUGACGAAGGACGAUACCGAUCCUAAGCUCGAGGGUCAAGCUAAGACGGUUGUCUUGUUCUGUCACCCAGAUGCUCUCUCAGAGCUACAAUCAGGCAGUUCGAAGCUCUUACCGGAGAAGGUCUGUCUGAUAGACGACAGGACGUGCCAAGGUUUAACUUCAAAUGCGCUUGGUGUUUGCAAGCCUCUCAGUGUUUACGACAUGUUCAAAAAGCUCCAAGAGAAGGUUAGUGAUAUCUGA